AUGGUAUUCGAUGCAGAUCAAGCACUUUUGGAUCUUAGCCAGAGCAUCAUCGGUGUAGCGGCUACUCGCUUAAAUGAUAUGUCUAGAAACCAGAGCAACCGCUACAGAGCAAAAGUCGAAGCCUACAUGACAGAAUACUACAUGCUGCGUGUCUACUUGUCCUGGCUGCAAGGUAGAUCCGAUAUUGCAGAGCAUUUAUUCUCCAAGGUCCCGCAAGCGAGCCGAGGCGGACAUCAAGAGACUGUUAUGGAUAUCUGCUAUCAAGUUGGGGCACAGGCAAUCUCACGUCGGCAGCUCGAUGUGGCAGCUCGAUGGCUUGAAAGAGCUUUGAGCUCAAGCGAGCUUCUUCAGGAGGAAAUCCAACAAGUCAGUUCGGACCUGAAGGAUAAAAGGCUCCGGGUCUUGAUCACUUUCGGUGAGUUGCCAUGA